GCCAUCUACUGUGUUCACACUGUCCAUGUAGUCGCGACCCAGAAAAGUUUCGCGACUUUGGGAAUUUUGAACAGCUGAAGCUUCAAUAUUCCUUCCAAUUACUUUCCAACUUUACAGCUCCACAACUCUACAACUCUACAAUUUCACGAUUUCUGAUGCGAUACCCUUUUUCGACCACCUUUAAUUCUCAUACUAAUUAAUCGGAAAUUCACAUACAUCUUCCGAUUACUUGUAACGCACGUCAUUUACACUUAGCGACAAAAGAAACCAUCCCUUCGCCAAGAUGGUGCAGAUUAGUGAGGUCAAAGGCAACAAUCGCGAGAAUCGCACUGCAGCCCACACUCAUAUUAAAGGCUUGGGUCUCAAGCUCGAUGGCACAGCUGAGAAGCAGGCAGGUGGCUUUGUAGGCCAGCAACAGGCCCGCGAGGCUGCUGGUGUUGUCGUCGAUCUUAUUCGCGCUCAGAAGAUGGCCGGUCGAGGUGUAUUACUUGCUGGCGGACCUGGAACCGGAAAGACAGCCCUUGCGCUCGCCCUUAGCCACGAGCUCGGUACCAAGAUUCCCUUCUGCCCCAUCGUCGGCAGUGAGAUCUACUCAACCGAGGUGAAGAAGACGGAAGUGUUGAUGGAGAACUUCCGAAGAGCGAUUGGCCUGAAGGUGCGAGAGACAAAGGAGGUCUACGAGGGCGAGGUCACGGAGCUGACCCCAGAAGAAGCGGAGAACCCGCUCGGUGGCUAUGGCAAGACAAUCAGCACACUGCUCAUCGGACUGAAGAGCGCAAGAGGCCAGAAGAAGCUCAGACUAGAUCCAAGCAUAUACGAGGCUAUUCAAAAGGAGAGGGUCACAGUUGGAGAUGUGGUUUACAUUGAGGCUAACACCGGCGCUUGUAAACGAGUCGGUCGAUCGGAUGCGUACGCUACAGAAUUCGAUCUUGAGGCGGAGGAGUACGUGCCCAUUCCCAAGGGCGAUGUACACAAGAAGAAGGAAAUUGUACAAGAUGUCACACUCCACGACUUGGAUGUUGCCAACGCUAGACCACAAGGAGGACAGGAUAUCAUGAGUAUGAUGGGCCAACUAAUGAAGCCUAAGAUGACAGAGAUUACGGACAAGCUGCGAGGUGAAAUCGACAAGGUGGUUAGCAAGUACAUUGAUCAAGGUGUAGCUGAGCUCGUUCCCGGUGUCUUAUUCAUUGACGAGGCUCAUAUGCUUGAUAUCGAGUGCUUCACAUAUCUUAACCGAGCCUUAGAAUCUUCUAUCUCGCCAAUUGUCGUUCUUGCUUCGAAUCGAGGCAUGUGCACGAUCCGUGGUACAGAUGGCAUUGUGGCUGCGCAUGGCAUGCCAUCAGACCUUCUUGCUCGACUCCUAAUCAUUCCCACGACUCCAUAUGACGCCGACGAGAUUAAGAGAAUCGUACGCAUCCGAGCGACAACAGAAGGCGUACAAAUUACCGAUGCUGCCAUUGACAAGAUUGCAGAACAUGGCGUGCGCAUUAGUCUCAGAUAUUGUCUCCAAUUGUUGACUCCCGCAAGUAUUCUUGCUCGAGUCAAUGGUCGCAGUCAGAUCGACAUAAAAGACGUUGCAGAAUGCGAGGAUCUCUUCCUCGACGCACGACGAAGUGCCGACUUGUUGAGUGGUGAGACAGGACGUGGAUUCAUCUCAUGAGCACGGGGUUAUAUGUCUUACAGAGACGGGAAGACGUUGGGCCAACCACACAUAAUAAUCUAAUUUCGCGCAAGGCUGCGGCUCUGUUCUAAAGAAAAAAAAACCGCGAACCACGGAAAUCGAUGAAUCAGAUCAAUCAAAUCAAUCGGGCUAGGAAAAUUACAAUUACGGAAAGGGGGUUUCGGAGUUCCUACGCGUUGCUAUUCCCAUGCUAUGUAUGUGAGUGAAAGCCUGACCAUGUAUAGUGUGCAGUACUUAGUAGGCACUGGUACCUUACCUGGGCAUGGACGAAUCAUGAUGUUGUUGGUUGUUUAUUGUUCAUGUAUCUACCUACCUAGUUACUUCAAUCAGUAACUACUGGUAUUCAAUCAAUAGACAACAUGCUGGCUGGUUGUUUUCAGAUCGCCACCCCCAGAAUAAAUUUUUUGAGACAUUGCCAAACGAGA